AUGCUUCAACUCCUCAAUUACUUGCCGAGAAAGCUAAUCGGUUCUGUCCCCACAGCAUUGGACGCUCUCACCAACCUCAAGGCCAAGCUGAAGGCCGCCUUCUCAAAGAAGGAAAAGCCGGCAAAGACUGCCGAUAAGCCUGCUGAGCAGAAGCCCGCCGAGCAAAAGCCCACUGAGACCAAGCCGGCAGACACGACGACAGCUGCUGCUGCUGCUGCACCCGCAGCGGAGGCCGCUGCUGCUCCCGCGGCCGAAGCCCCUAAAGCCGACGCUACUCCUGCUGCUACCGAAGCACCCAAGGCGGAGGCACCCAAGGAAGAGACUCCUGCUGCUCCCGCCCCUGCCGCUGAGCCUGCUGCUCCUGCCACUCCCGCCGCUCCUGCUGCUGCCACUGAGACCAAGGCUGCAGAGCCUGCUGCUCCGGCUGCCCCUACCGCUCCUGCCGCCGAACCUGCCGCCGAGCCUGCUGCUCCCGCUGCUGCUCCCGCUGCUGCAGCUGCUCCCGCCGAGACUGAGGCUCCCAAGGCUGAGGAGAAGGCCGAGGAGAAGGCUGCUGCUCCCACCCCUGCUCCCGCUGCUUAG